GCAUUUUUGGAAAUGGAGUCUGAAGAAGCUGCUGUUACUAUGGUGAACUACUGCACUUGUGCUACACCUUACCUCCGUGGUCACCCUGUUUACAUUCAGUAUUCCAAUCACAGAGAGCUUAAGACUGAUGAUGUACCUAAUCAGGCUAGAGCCCAAGCUGCAUUGCAAGCCAUGGAUGCCAUGCAGUCUGCAAGCGUGCCUGUUGCAGGUGUUCUUGGUGCUGAAGGUGGGCUCCUUCCAACUCAAGGUUCUGUUCUUCGAAUCAUUGUUGAAAAUCUUUUCUACCCUAUCACUUUAGACACGCUGCAUCAGAUUUUCUCCAAAUAUGGAUCUGUCUUGAAGAUUGUCACCUUCACUAAGAACAAUCAAUUCCAAGCCUUGCUCCAGUAUGCUGAUCCAAUAAAUGCACAUCAUGCCAAAGUGGCUCUGAAUGGCCAUAGUCUCUACACUGCAUGCUGCACUCUGCGUGUUGAUUUCUCUAAUCUACCAAACCUUAAGGUAAAGUACAACAAUGACAAAAGCAGAGACUUCACUCGCCUUGACGUGCCAGUUUUUGGCCAGAUGCCCCUGGAGACAGGUGCUGCCUUUGGCACCGAAAAUACCAUGUUCCCAUCACAUGCAGGGGCUGCUGCAUUUACCCCAGCCAUGGGGUCUGCUCAGGGUGCUGGUCUUUCGGUUCCAGUUCUUCCUGCAGUAGUUGGUUCUUUCCCAGCCACCACAUCUGCAGCAUCUGGACAGAUGGCUAUCUCUAACUUUAAUGGUAUUCCAGGAAAUUCUGUUUUACUAGUCAGCAACCUCAGUACUGAAGACAUCACAGCACAUCGACUUUUCAUCCUAUUUGGUGUGUAUGGUGAUGUGCAUCGUGUGAAGAUCAUGUUUAAUAAAAGAGGAAAUGCUUUGGUUCAGAUGGCAGAUGCAAACCAGGCUCAAUUAGCUAUCGCCAACUUGAAUGGACAGAGGCUUUAUGGAAGGAUCCUCCGUGUUACUUUUUCAAAAUAUCAGACAGUUCAACUUCCUCGUGUGGGACAAGAGGACCAAGAUCUGACAAAGGAUUACAGCAAUAGUCCUUUACAUCGCUUCAAGAAGCCUGGCUCUAAGAACUCCCAAAAUGUCUUUCCUCCAUCUGCCACCCUGCAUCUCUCCAACAUCCCGCCUUCUGUUAGUGCUGAUGAUCUGAAGAAGCUUUUUGCAAGUACGGGAUCUACUGUGAAAAGCUUCAGAUUCUUCCAGUAA